UAGUGCUCCGCUCAAUCAUUGAUAUGGAAGGAAUGAUCCAUCUAUAAAAAUAGAUAGUGAGAAAGCUCAGCUAGUCCCUCAAGCAGUGUCUCAUGGCUCUACCAAUAUUCACCAUCACGCCCGCACCUUUCAUCAUAUAUAAACCAAAUAAAUCUAUGCCCUCAUACUAACAAUAUUGAAAGACCACUUAGCCAGGUGGAUUAAGUGGCGCACUACCGUAGGGCCUGCACUGUCAAAAUGCGGCCGGGCGCUCCAAUCCUCCAUUGCGGAGGAAUUUCACACCUGGGGCCAGACGCAGCCGAGUUCUUUUGCCAUUUUUAUAAAUGUUUUGUAGAAACUUUGUUAAGUUCUGUGACGACGUGACAAGCUUGAUUCACUCAUGAUGCGGUCGACACGUUGUCGCUGAUUUAAAUGUGAUGUUUGCCAAACAUUUCCUUCUUAUUGUCACCAUUUCCACUUUAGAAUUAUCUGUUAUCUCCUUAUAUCUGUUUUUGAGUGAUGUGAUAAGGGCGCGUCAAAAUCUCUAUAGUAAGAACUAUCAUUGAAAGAUUAACCAUUUAAAAAUUCAUUAUCGUUGUUGUAUAUUUUAUUGACAUUGCAUUCGAUGUUGUUGUCGUUGUUCAGGUUAUACACCCGGCUCAUCACGCUAAUAUCGGUCACCGUAUUCCUGCUUACAUGCUCACAUAACCUUAGAGCUUUGAUUCCCCAUUCUUGAUCGAACACAACCAUCUUCUAUCUGGUGGGCAAAUAUAAGCCCAGGUUUAUCCCAUUUCUCAAAAGACUCCUCUUGAGUAUCAGAGAGCGUACAAAAAGUCCUUUAUUGCCUGGCAGGAACCAAUUUAGUAAUGCACGUAUUCAAGAGGUAAUCGGCAGCAAGAAAAUGGCUGCCUCAACCUCAGCAUCCGACAAGAUAACGACAACCUCAGCAAGGCUACGUAGCUGCGUUGUCUGUAGAAGUCGAAAGGUCCGUUGUGACAAGUUGUCACCGUGUUCGAAUUGCCGGAGGGCAAAUAUUCCAUGCGUUGUUCCUUCCAUCGACCGACCUCCUCGAUGGGCUCGUCGCCUUGAGCGUGCCGGUAACUUGGGGGUGCCAUCAAACAGCGCAAAUUCAACAGAAAAUGUUGGUUCCGAAGUAGAUCCUGUUAUUGGGAGAUUACAAAACCUUGAAAACUUGGUCAAGGAGCUAAGAGAUCAGCUGGAGCAAGCGAAUGCUACAUCGGCGCAUUCCAAUGGCGAUGAUUUGCUCGAGCUUGAUUCUUCUGAGACUUCAUAUCUCAAUCCUGAUCAUAAUACCGAUAGUCAUAAAGAUGCCUUGUCGAAUGUAGCAAGUACUUCCGAGGCACAGAACAAAUUCGGAAGGCUAGUCCUGAGGGAUGUCAACCGAAGUCGUUACUUAAGCAGUGGUUUCUGGGCACGUAUGAACGAUGAGGUAGGUUGGCUAACACUUCCUUAUCAAAUCUGCCAUAUAAAAUAGACAAGCUACUUUUGUUGACGUUAGAGUAGAUUGAAGGGUUGCAAAUGGAAGCCCGUGGGGCUGUACACGAAUCUGAUGUAUCAUCAGACGAGGACGAACUUUCCGAAAAGACAAUCUCCACAUUGGAACAAGAACGAACGCCAUUGGAGAGGCACGGGUUCUUAUUCAAACAUAACUUGAACCUUUCGGAUUCCGAUCUCUCGAAGUUACGGCCUUUGCCGUCACAGAUCCCGUUUCUGUUGAAUGUGUAUUCGGAAAACAUACACAUAUUCAUGCGAAUUGUAGAUCUUCCACUUCUUACUCAGGCAAUUCGUGAUUUACGUGAAAAUAAAGAAAAGAGACUAACGCCAGCGAGCGAGGCUUUAAUGUUCUCCAUCUACUAUGCUACAAUAAUGUCAAUGGAGGAAGAUGAGGUGAGUCUGACAAGUCUGGGGACAUGACAUCUCGGUUUUUAUGCUUACGACUUUGUCACUUCACUAGAUCAUAACCAACUUCGACUGUACGAAAUCAGAGUUAAGUUUCAAAUAUCGGCUAGGCCUAGAGCAUUCUCUUUCAAAAGCCGACUUUCUGACCGAACCAGAUAUGACUCUAGUACAAGCACUGGUAAUUUUCCUUUUUCUUGUUCGACGCCAGGAGAGCCCUAGGUUUGUAUGGAUGAUGACUGGUCUAGUCAUUAGAAUGGCACAGGCUCUCGGGCUCCAUCGGGAUGGGUCCCAUUUUUCCAAGCUUACAGCCUAUGAGGUUGAAACUCGAAGAAGAGUGUGGUGGGCUGUUUGCUUACUUGAUUUACGAGCAUCAGAGGACCAAGGUACGGAAUUAAGCACUACUGGCAAUAGUUUCGACACAAAGUUUCCACUCAAUAUUGAUGAUGGCGACCUCAAGCCUCAUACCAAGGACAUGCCACCAGUGCGUCACGGCGUAACCGAUAUGACUCUCACAGUUAUCUCGGCCGAGAUGUGUGAUGCUAUGAGACGUCUGAUGGUUUCGAGUAUGGGAGAAAACCCUUUGACCGCGGAAACUCAAAUUUGUCUCCUAAAUGAUCUCUACGGCUCCGUCGACCGACAUUUCCUCAAAUUUGAUGUAGGGGGUAAAAACAAUGCAUCGUGGUGUUUCUCCACUUUAGCUCGCAUGGUCGUGUCAAAAAUGAACCUCAUUCUCAAUCUCCCAGUUCUCUUCUCUUCUCCCAGUGAGAACCAAUCAGAAAAUAUACGAACGAAGCUACUCAUAUCUGCCAUAGAGGUAGCGGAAUACAACCAUGCUCUCAACUCCAAGAAAGAAUGUCGACAUUGGAGAUGGCUCUUUCAGACUUGUACUCAUUGGCAUGCGAUUGUUUACCUAUUGAUAGAGAUUUCGCGACGUCAAUGGUCUCCCAUUAUUGAACGGGCCUGGGCUGCUCUUCAUAGUAAAUGGUUAAUUCCUCUAAAGUUUACCAAUCAGACAGAAAGAGACCAAAAUUCGAGGAUUUGGGUCCCGCUACGAAAGCUUAUGACUAAGACACGUAAACAUCGCGUAGCGGAGCUCCAACGUCUACGAGAAAACUCGUGCUCAACGAUCCAGCUAGAAAUAGAUGAUGCAGAGAUACCGCUUCCGGCGAGUCCCGUUCCAUCUUAUGAUGGAGAACGUAGGAAUAUUUUCCUUGAGCGCUGGCGUGAACUUGUUGCCAAACCUCCACAAAUAGAAACAGAGAAAUUGGAUAUUGGAGCACAUACACUAACAACCGCUGACACAGUUCCGAUCGACUGGUACAACCAAUCCGCAAUGCCAGACACGAUGCCAUUUCCCUGGACCGAGGUAGACCUUUCAUCCGGCAUUUUCACAGAAAUAGAUAUGAAUAUGGAUUUAGAUAUGGAUGUGAAUUGGUAUGAAUGGAUUGAAUCCGCGCAGGGUAUGGAGCAUUGAGAUUAUAUCAUAAAUAAUCUACAUUCGUCAGCGGACAGGAUGAUGAUUUUGUUGAAUUUUUUCUUUGGUUGGGAGUUUUUUUGACUUAGAAGGGUUACUAGAUAGUAUUUUUGAUUGAUAUUUUUAGAUCGGGGUCGGAGUUUAUGAGAAUAGAGGGAAGUUGAAAGAAUUUGAUACUCGUCCUAUACGAUCAACGCGUCAAUUUAGAUUUUGGAGAAUUUGAUCAUGAAGUUACAUCUCACAUUAUGUCCAUCACUAAAGAUCUCAGUAUAACUUCUGACUCCCUUUACUCUGAGUACUACCCAAACUGCCCUGCCUCACUAUCAAUAUUCAUCAAAAAUUCAAAAGACAUGUAAGUUAUGGAGUAGGCUCCAACCCCCACUGGCAGCCCUACACUAUCCUAAGACCCCACACCCUAGACCUCGCGUUUGUCUCGGACCCAAACUCGCUCUCUGAUUAGCGAUUCUAUCACUCGGUCCCCUCGUUUCGGAGGUUUUCUCGUCUAGAGAUGAUUCGGGUGGCAAACUAUUUGAUCUAUAA